CGCGGCCCGGGAGGCUCGCUCCGCUGCCAGGAGGGGCGACCCGCGGGUCCCGGCAUCCUGCGCGCGCGCGGGGCGGGGAGCCGUGACGCCAUCUGGGGGCGCCGGGCCGGAGCCGGAAGUGCGGAGCCACGGUCGCGGCGCCACGUGCGGAGCGUCCGGGAGCAGGACCCCGCCGCGAGUGGCGGGUCCCAGGCACCUGUCAGCAACACCAUGAGCUUCGUGGCAUAUGAGGAGCUGAUCAAAGAGGGUGACACGGCCAUCCUGUCACUGGGCCAUGGUGCAAUGGUAGCAGUGCGUGUGCAGCGUGGGGCACAGACCCAGACCCGGCAUGGUGUCCUGCGGCACUCAGUAGACCUCAUCGGCCGCCCCUUCGGCUCCAAGGUGACUUGUGGCCGAGGUGGCUGGGUAUAUGUGUUGCACCCCACGCCUGAGCUCUGGACACUGAACCUGCCACACCGCACCCAGAUCCUCUACUCCACUGACAUUGCUCUGCUCACCAUGAUGCUGGAGCUUCGGCCUGGUUCUGUGGUCUGUGAAUCCGGCACUGGCAGCGGCUCCGUGUCCCACGCCAUCAUCCGCACCAUCGCGCCCACAGGCCACCUGCACACAGUGGAGUUCCACCAGCAGCGGGCAGAGAAGGCUCGGGAGGAGUUCCAGGAGCAUCGAGUGGGCCGCUGGGUGACGGUGCGCAACCAGGACGUGUGCCGAAGCGGCUUUGGUGUGAGCCAUGUGGCAGAUGCUGUUUUCCUGGACAUCCCAUCUCCUUGGGAGGCUGUGGGUCAUGCCUGGGAUGCCCUCAAGGUUGAAGGUGGGCGCAUCUGCUCCUUCUCGCCGUGCAUCGAGCAAGUGCAGCGCACCUGCCAGGCGCUGGCCGCCCACGGCUUCUCGGAGCUGAGCACGCUGGAGGUGCUGCCGCAGCUGUACAACGUGCGCACCGUCAGCCUGCCUGCGCCCGACCUGGGGGCCGGCCUGCGCCCCGACGCCGGCCCCGACUCCGGCCCCUUCCGCAGCGGCACGCCCAUGAAGGAGGCCGUGGGCCACACGGGCUACCUGACCUUCGCCACCAAGACCCCGGGCUAGUAGGCCUCCUGCCAGGAGCUGCAGGGAGCUGGGAACCCGCGGAGCACGGGCAGGGGUGCAGCUCAGCCACAGGCCGCCUUAUAUGGUCAGCGCAGGCCUGCUGGGGCCUGUGUUUAGAAAUGUGGCGGGGCGGGGCGGGGCUUGGGGGCCUCCCAGGGUGGCCGAGGGUGGUGGGCAGAGGACUGUGGGCAGGGCCAGCCAGCACCGGACAGUCUGGUCCUCUGGGGAGGAAAGCCUCCCGCCCAUCGUCCCCUGUUCUGCUGCUCUUUGUUGCCACAGAGCCUCUGCUGUCACCAGCUCUUCUGGCUAUUGAGGCCAAGGGGUGUAGGUGGGGGACCCGAAUCUGACCUCUUCCUAGGUAGCCGCAAACUGGUAGGGAGGUGGGGGAGCAAGGAGUCGGAGGAGGAGGACCACUGAGUCUGUGAGCCGGCCCCUUUGCCCCUGGGAGCUGAUGGUGCCGGGCUGGGGGAGGGAGAGGAGGGCUUGCUGGGUGGCCUCAGGCCUGAGCCCACCCUGUGAGGCACCCUACAGGGCAAGUGGGAGUGCCCUGUACCCCCUCUUGUGGGAUGGAUGGGCCCAGGGCAGCCCUGCCCAUCUGGCGUGCUUCUCCCUCUGCUGGAAGUGCCUUGCAUGGCCCCGGUCCAGCUGGAGCCCCGGCAUGUCUGAGAGUGAGAACAGGGCAACACUUCGCCAGGAGCCUGAGGGGAACGGUGAAAUGCCUCAGGUGACCCAGCCCGGCCCUCUCAGAGCUGUUUGAACCCCGGCUGUCCAGCCCCAGGGCUACUUGCGUGCCCUCCCCCUCCCAGGAGUGCUGGGGGCACGGGGGUGCAUCCAGGACGGAGGGCAGCCGGCCCUGGUCCCCAGCUCUGGGCUGGGUGGCUGGCAUCCAUGCCUGUCUCAGUUGCAUGAAGGGCCUGAGCAUCUGCCCUUGGCCUCACCUGUCCUCAGGAGCUUCCGUUUUCCCACCUUAGGACAAGAGCCCCAGGGACUGUGCCGGCAGGGAGCCGUGCCUGGCUGAGAAAUAAACACUUGCCUCUGCCGA